UGAGAACUGCUGCUCUAGAGAAUACAGCCUCCCUAUUCUCUAAGUCAACGCUGUCACUAGACAAGGAAACUUCAUUUCCAUCUGCUCUUCCCUGCCUCAUUUACAAUUAGCUGAGCUGUAAGAUCUAGAAACUUGAGUCCUAGUAAAGGGUCAGCUGUCCAGAAAUUGCACUUAGCUCUACUCUAAAAUCCUAACUGGCAAAAAAGUGUGGUGUUGAGAGUGGGAUACAGGAGUCAGUUAGUUUGGGUCCAAAUCCUGGCCCUAUGUUAUGUUAGGUAAGGUACUAAACCCCUCUGUGCCUCAGCUUCCCCCUCUGAGAAAUGUAUUAAUAAUGGAUUUACCUAAUACAGAUGCUGCAGAGAUUAUGUUACUUAUUACAUGUAAGUGUGCAAAAUGCCUGGCAUAUAGUAGACUGUCAAAAUAUUAGCUAAUAGUAUUACUAUUGUUAGUAUGACAAGUAACAUCACAUUCCAUUAAGAGAACUGUAACUGAAAAUGUCCACAUCAAAAAACCCCAAGGGAGUUUAUGUAAAGCUCUGCAUACAAAUUUCCCAUGUUUGAUGGAAAUGAGUUUGUAAAAUUCUUUCUAAUUAAGAGGACUUCUUUUAAUAACAACAGACUCUAAAGUAACUAUUUUUUCAUAUCUUAAAACGGUCUUAUUUUUUUUUAUAAUCUCAAGACACCAGCAGCAUACUGGUGCUAAGACUAGGGAGCUUAGAAACGAGAUGAAAACAUCAACUACUGACAGCCUCCUGCUGCGCUCCAGAUACUGAACCAACAGGAGAGCAAAGGAAAAGAUCCAAAUGGAGCAGUUUGGUGGAAUGAGAACGUACUCCCAACUACACCUCCUGGGUUUAGGUCCAGGCCCUACAACUUACUGGAUGUGACCCUGGGCAAGUUACGUUUUCUGGGCCUCAGUUUUCUCAUCUAUAAAAUGAAGACAGUGAUAAUCCCUAUCUCAGAGCUACUGUGAAGCUGGGUCAGUACCCUCCCCCACUGCUAUGCACCGUCAGAGAAAGAACCUCUUCCCAGGCUAACUCCCACUUGGCUGGCUUCCUCAGUCCUAAUGGUAAGGGUGUCAGCGAGCACCUCGAUUCUCCAACAGACCCAGGGAGGCUCAUCAGAGACGUGGCCAGGCUGACGCCGGGAGCAGAGCUAGCCUCACUUGGGGUCUAAUUUAAAUCCUCCCUGGGAACAGCUGUGAAAUGCCGAGUACAAUGGAGAUGUGAGGCACGUGGCAGUUUCCCUUCUGUGGCAGGGCCAUGGUAGCAAACUGGAUCUUUAUUUAUCAAUGGUUUUUCAAAACGCUAUGCAUACUAAACAAAUGGUUACUACAGUUAUUAUUUAUAGCACCGUCCAGUAUCCCAGGGAAUCUGAAAUUCCUUUCAUUCUUCCCAGAAUCUCCUCUUUUCUACUCAGGAGACCAACUAUAAUUUUCCCCCCCCCACUUUCUAACCAGUUUCCCACACCCCAGGCAGCGGGCACGUUUAUUCAGUAACCCCACUCUCAUGCAAUUCUCCACGGAGACCAGGGUUAAGGGAGGGGAAGGCUAACUAGGGGACCUGGGCUCCAGGUGACUUAGGGACUCUGAACAGUACAUAGCGGCUGCAAGGCUGGGGCGCGGGCAUUCCAGCAGCCGGCGGCUAACUAAUCACUGUAUAAAGUCAAUACAAAUCUUUCAGAUUUACUCAGCUGAAUUUUGUUUUCUUCAUUAACAGGGUCCAAGGCACUGGGGAGACGUGGCUCCCAGACCUCAUCAGGAACGGUGUAUGAAAAUGCUCAUUAUAAUCAAGAUACACAUCAUUUGAAAAAAGUUUCUUUGGACAUCUUUGCAUUUUCAUCUCUACUCUCGUAUUCAGAUCCCAGAGCACAGCCUGGUGGAGUUCAGUCCUCACGCCUUACAGAUGGCUCAUCUGCAAAAUGUGACUACCUGUGUAAUAGGAUUUUUAAUAAGGAUAACUACCUUAGUAGAUGCUUGAAACAGUGCCUGGCAUAAAUGAUAAGGAUAAUGCUGACACUUGACACGUUACCUACAUGUAGUUUGGCAGAGAAGGACAUACAUAACCUGAAACGUGUGGGUGAGACAUACACAGCACCUUUGGACCUGAAGGUGAGCCAACUUGGGAGAAUGUGGUUUCAUAUCAGGAUGGGAUUUGAAAGGCAGAUGGCCCUUCUUCAGGCUAAUAGAGAUCUCAUUUCCACAGGAGUGAAGGAAUUUAAUGUUUUGCUUAAUCAGCAGGUCUUCACUGACCCUCCCAUCUCUGAAGAAGCCAUGGUGACUGUACUGGACGACUGGGUGAACUUCUACACCAACUAUUACAGGCAGCACGUGGUGGGAGAAGAGCAAGAGCGGGACAGGGCUUUGCAGGAACUUCGGCAACAGCUGAGCACGUUGUGCGCCCCUUUCCUGGACAAAUAUAGGGCCUUCCUGAAGUCUCUGAGCGCCUAAACUUUUCUCCUAGCCCAUAGACCUAGGCCUACAUCUCUGAGAAACCCGUAAAUUUUGUCUCUGAAUUCUUCAAGUCCUCAGGCUCUGCCCCUUCUUGGUGUUACUUUACCUUGACACCUCAAUAAAGACCCACAUUGGUUUUGCUGGUC